AUGAAAGUUGCAGAGUUGAUUGUUGCUGGUGAGUGGCUGAUUCCUUCUAGAAUGCUUCAAUAUUUUCAAGUAGAAGAAUUACCUGUUUUAUCAAAAACAAAAGAUACUAGGGUUUGGACUGGAACUAUGUCAGGUGAAUUCACAAUACACUCAGUUGUUGAAUGUUUUAGAGAGCAUUAUCAAAAAGUGACAUGGGCAAGACAUGUUUGGCAUCCUACCCUUCAUCCAACAACAGCAAGCAAUGUAUGGAAGAUAGUGAGGGGUAUCUGCUCAACUAAUGAAAAAAGAAAAAGCAAGGGUUACAGUUUAGCAUCAAAGUGCUAUAUGUGUGGUGUUGAUUCUGAUAAUCUUGAACAUAUAUUAUGGUUUUGUAAUUUCAGUCAGAUAAUAUGGAAAUGGCUAGGUGGUAUCUUCUUGUUCUGCAACCCUGAAUCAUAUGAAGAUGUUAUGAACUUUGCAAAGAAUAAAAGUGGAGCUGUAAAGGAUAUAUGGUUACUGGUUGCUUCCAUUACAAUGAUGGAGAUAUGGUUCUUAAGGAUUAGAAUUUGCUUUGAAGAAGAGAAAGUAAACUUGGGUAAUUUCAAGAGAAGAAUAAUACAGUAUACAAAAGACUGUGCAGUGAGAAUAAAAAGCUAUAUGUGGGAGUGUAGCUAUGAUUACAUGGUAUUUAAGAAUUUUGAUCUUAAACAUCAACCAAUAAAGCCUCAAAGAAUUAUUGAAGUGAGUUUCUUCUUACCUGCAAGAGAUCAGAUACUUAUAUGUUGUGAUGGGUCAUCUAGGGGCAAUCCAGGUGCAGCAGGAUAUGGUUUUGUGUGCAGAGAUGAAAUGGGAGGUUGUAUAUAUGCUGAAGCUACUGGCCUGGGAAUUGCAACUAAUUAUAUUGCAGAACUAAUGGCUAUUACAGGUGCAGCUGAAUGGGAUAUACAGAACAACAAACUUGAUAUAUGUAUUAACUCUGAUUUUAAAGCAGCAGUGAGUGCAUACAUGUCAGGAAGGCUUCCUUGGUUCAUGCAGGUAAGAUGGAAGAGAUUAAAGGAACUAUUGCAUAAUAUCAAACUUGUACAUAGCUUGAGAGAAGUAAAUUUCUCUGCUGACUCCAUGGCAAAGAAGGAUGCAGGAUUGGUGAGAGGGGGAAAGAUCAUUUUCAAUUCAAAACCAAGUUUCAUCCCAGUUUUGGAAUCACCUGAGCAAAUUUACUAUAGGUUUUGCUAG